AAAUGACCCAGCCUAUAUAGCUGCUAUAUGGCCAUGGUUGAUUAAAAAACUCAAUACCAAUGGAGGCUAGCUUGGAAAAGUCUGAUAUAGCGCCUGCAGAAGAGCAGAUGGUGAUGAAAUCAAACGGUGAUGAAGAGGGUCUUGUUUUAGAAACCAGCAAGGAGAAGGAUCAGCUCAGAUCAGCUAAAGCUGAAAUUGAUAAAGUUAGAGAAGAGAACGAAAGGUUAAAGCAGUUAUUAUCCAAAAUCGCGAAGGAUUACCAAUCUCUAAAGAAACGUUUCUGUGAAGUUGUUCAAGAAGAAGAAGAAAAGAAAUCCACCAAAAUAACACCUUCUACUCGAGAAAAUGAAGAAUCUGAACUAGUCUCCCUCAGCCUUGGGAGAAGUUCCAGUGAACCUAAAAAGGAAGAGGAAAAAAGCAGCAAUAUAGAUGAUGGGAAUGAGCAUAAUGAGGGAUGGAAUAAAGUAUUUUCACUUGGGUUGGACAGCAAAUUUGAACUAGAUUCAUCUGUAACUAAGAAGAAUCCAAGUUCUGAACAUGGCUUUGAUGAUGAGGAACCAAAGGAAGAGGAAGCAACUGAGACAUGCCGACCAAGCAAAAUGUUGAGGACAACGAUAAGCGCAGAUGAUGAAGUGUUGCAACAAACCCAGACGAAGAAAGCUAGGGUUUCAGUCAGAACCAGAUGUGACACCCCAACGAUGAACGACGGAUGUCAAUGGAGAAAAUAUGGGCAGAAAAUGGCGAAAGGAAAUCCAUGCCCAAGGGCAUACUAUCGUUGCACAGUCUCACCAACUUGUCCAGUGAGAAAACAGGUGCAAAGAUGUCCUAAGGACAUGUCAAUCUUGAUCACCACUUAUGAAGGAGCACACAACCACCCUCUUCCACCUUCAGCCACAGCAAUGGCAUCCACCACUUCUGCAGCUUUAUCCAUGCUACAGUCACGCUCAUCGUCCUCACAGCCAGGGUUAGGGACCUCAGUUUCUGCGCCUGUUUCUAUUUCCACCACCAAUGGACUAAACUUCACUCUCUCCCAAAAUAAUGCAAGGCCACAGCAAUUCUAUUUCCCAAACUCUUCAACCUCAACUUCCAAUUCACACCCCACUAUUACUCUUGACCUCACAGCGCCAACCAGCGACUCUCACUUUAAUAGAUUUCCUUAUGCUUCGAGAUACUCACCAACAUGUCUCAACUUUUCUUCUUCAUCAUCUUCUACUUCUUUAGAGCUCAACAGUGCCCUGCAAACAUCAUGGAACCCAGGCUACUCCACUUAUGGGACACUACCUCACAGGCAGACUUCAGCUACCUCGCAACAGUGUUUGACAGAGACCAUUGCAGCUGCAACCAAGGUGAUUGCUUUAGAUCCCAGUUUCCGGUCAGCCUUGGCAGCUGCAAUCACAACAUUUGUUGGAAAUAAUGAGGGUAAUGGGAUUAGAGAUAAUCCUGGUGUGGGAGAGCAUUCUGGCCUGAACACGAAGAUGGGUGAUUCACUAACAUUUAACACAAUCUAUCCUAGUAGCCACGAUGGUAUAGGUCGUGCUCAAGGGAGCUUGGUUUCAUUCCCAUUUUCUGCUUCCAAGAGUUCUUCUGGGUCUCCUGUUAAUAGUAGGGACUACAACAAGCGAUGAGGUACAGAAAAAAUCAUUUCAUUUUUUUAGCUAGAUGAUAUAUGUACAUUUUCAUUAGAAAAGGAAGAAAGUAUAUCAUGUUGUAAAGAUGUUUUGCUAUGAAUUUCAGUUACAAAUUACACAUUUAUUAUUAUUGUUUUUUCCAAA